GGGAGUAAUAAAUACUACUACAAUUGUGGUGGGAAAUGGAGGUGCUGCUGCGGGCGAAAAUGGCGAUGACUCUCGCUCUCAUCACUUGUUUGUACGUUUUUCUCCACUUCCACCACUCCUAUUCCUCUCCUUCUCGCCCACUCACCGGAGUCCAUCCUCUAGAUGUCAAGUACUACGAUGCGGAGCUGAUCAAGUGCAAAGAUGGAUCGAAAUCCUUCGCCAGAGAUCGUCUCAACGACGAUUUCUGCGAUUGCGUUGAUGGCACUGAUGAGCCCGGAACUUCUGCAUGUCCAGCUGGCAAAUUCUACUGUAAAAAUAUAGGCAGUACACCCAAAUUCUUGUUUUCUUCUCGAGUGAAUGAUCAGAUCUGUGAUUGCUGUGAUGGAAGUGAUGAAUAUGAUGGAACUGCUAUUUGUCCUAACACUUGCAUCAUGGGUGGGAAUAUUGCAUAUAAAAAAUUAGAAUAUAACUCAGAAAGUAAUCUGGAUUCUGUAAACUCAAGAAAAACGAACGCUGGAAUUAAGAUGGAGGACUCAUCACAGAAACUUAAAAAAGGCUUGAAGUCCCUGGUCUACCUCCAGGUGGGUCUUGUUAUUUUUGUCAUGGCUUUUUGUCUCUUUCGGCACCGCAAGCCUAGAAGAAGACAUUUUCGAUGACAGAUGUGUCAUUGAUAUACAUCUUCAAUCAUGGUAUAUUUAAACUCAUUUGUUUGACACCUAAGUUCUUGUUCCUUCUCCAUUAGUGCGUGUUUAUUUUCCCCUCGAACUGGUGAUACAUAAUUCAACCAUUUUCACAGAAUUAUCACAAUAUUGAAGAUUUUGGUGCUAUGGCUCCCAUGAUUUUAUGUCAGAAGAAAUAAAUGUUGUCAUUACACGCUUAUUACUUUUUGGGAGUGGUGGAUGGAAGAUGGAACUUUUUGCAACAUAUGGUGUUCGACAGAAUUGCAGACCAUAAAGAAUGGAAUGCAGUGAAAAGGUUUUGUUACUCGCAAUUUUCUCUGUCAUGUGAUUAACUACACUGUCUGGUUUGGAACAGAGUGUAUUCUUACUUCAGAUAUAGUGAAUUUCAUCAAACAGAUUAGGAAAAGCAUUUGAGAUCAUAGUCUCAUGUAUGAUACUAGGAUACAAGCAUCUAAUUAUUCAGUCUGUUUCAUA